AUGAAAAAUUUAUAUAUGCCUUUAUUGCGAGUUCUCCCAUAUUGCUGCUCCCAUACUGCGCUCCUUCUGCUUCUCCCUGCCAGCCUCGGUAUCUCAUCUCAGCAGGAUCCAGAGGGAAAUAACAGCUUGACUAAGCCUGCUUGGCACAAAAAGGUUGUCGGGCUCUGCUGGUGGCUGCCGGAGCCUGGAAAGAGGAGGUAUAAAUGUUCACCUGAAUGGGAAGACUGGUUGGACGAACUGGUUGGAUAUGAAGCCGCACCACCGUCGAGUAAUCAUCAUUCGAGUAGGACGCUUAAAUUCUCUCACAAACAAAUGAAUGGACGUUAA